UUUUUGGUCUUCACUUAAGGUUUACUGUGUUAAUGUUAGGUUUAAAAUCCCAUUUUAAGAAGAUAAAUUGUAGACAUAGGCAGCCCGUAUCACUUUGUGGCUACAGUAACUAACGUUAGUGACGACCAAGUCAGAUCAUCCCACUGCGUGAAGUCGUUCGGCAAAGAUGUCUGCUACGGAUGUAGGCGGUUGUGGACCCGGAGCAGGACCCAGUUCGGGUGUUGGGUCCGGGGCAUCAAACCCUCGAAAAUUUAGCGAGAAAAUAGCUCUACAUACCCAACGUCAGGCUGAAGAGACUGCCGCUUUUCAGGAGGUUAUGAUGGACAUCACCUCUACCAGGAUCCAGGCUCAGAAAGUGCGUCUGGCUAGAACCCAGGGCCCGUACUAUGGGGGCUCCCUACCCAACGUUAAUCAGAUCGGCAGGAACCCAGGCGACUUUCAGGGUUUGUUCCACUCUAACCUGGACUCCAGUCGCUCCACACGGCACCACGGCCUGGUAGAGCGGGUCCAGAGGGACAGACGCUUCAUCUCCCCAGUGCGCCCCUACAGGAAACAAGUGGACAGCUCUCCGUACAACUCAGCCUAUCUGUCCCCGCCUCCGGACACCAGUUGGAGAAGGAACUGUUCGGGCAACUUCCCAGGAGACAAAAGCCAGUUGUUUCGCCUCCCCACCAUGGCACUCAACAGGACCAACUCAGACUCUGCCCUCCACACCAGUGUGAUGAACCCCCCUGCAGGAGACCUCUUCAACGCUGGACACACACUCACCCUUCAGGGCAGACUCACUGGUCAGAGUGAAGGAGAGGGGAGAAGAAUGUUUCCGUACCCAGUUCCCCCCAUUGAGGAUAACAUUCUGGAUCAGGGCAAACUGCUCAAGCCCUGGGACACCAAGAAGUUGCCCCUGCUUUCUUCUCGACCCAAGUCCUGUGAAGUUCCCGGUAUCAAUAUCUUCCCCUCCCCUGAUCAGCAGUCCAGCACCCCCCAUGCUCCCUCAGCCCUGAAUACGGGGGGCUCCCUGCCCGACCUCUCCAGCCUGCACUUCCCGUCGCCGCUGCCCACCCCGCUGGACCCAGACGAGCCGGGCUACCCUUCGUCCCUGAGUGGGGGCAGCAGCACGGGCAACCUGGCCUCCACCCUGACCCAGCUGGGCAUCAAUGCCAGCAACGCCUUCCGCCACUCGCCAGGUCUCCUGGCAUCUCUUCAGGGCACUCUCAGUAACCCCUCCCUGCAGUCCUCGCUAAGCAACCCCAACAUCCAAUCAUCUCUCAGCAGCCACUCCUUCCCCAACUCCCUCAGCUCCACCUCCUUGCACUCGUCACUUAGCAACCCUUCCCUGCAGUCCUCCCUUAGCUCCUCCCCCUCCCUCCAGUCUUCCCUGAGCAACCAAUCCCUGCACUCCUCCCUCAGCAACUCCUCCCUGAGUGGCCAGUCCCUCCACACCGCAUCCAGUAACCCUAGUUACAGUAGCGGGGUGGGAGGGUCCGGCUCGUGCUCCUCUUAUUCGCCACUGCUAACUAGCCAGGGGCAGUCGCCUCUCAGCACGUUGCCACGGAGACGAGCUCAGCUCUCCCCUCUGAUCCUACCCAUGGGAGGGGAGUCUCGCCGGCACCACUCCAAACAGUUCUCCCCCACCAUCUCUCCUAACUUGUCCUCCAUAACACAGGGUGUCCCUCUGGACACCAGCAAACUCCCCAUGGACCAGAGGCUCCCUCCCUACCCCUUUAGCCAGCAGCAGCUUCAUCAGCCAGGUCCUCCAGCAUCCCAUCAGCCCCAGCAGGCCUCUCAGGUAGGACAACAGCUCUCCCAGUCGUCCGUGGUACUGCAACAACAAAAUCAACAACAGCAUCAACACCAACACCAUCAGCUGCAUUUGCAACACCAGCUGCACCAGCAGCAUUGUGUCCAGUCUCAGCAGGCCCUCCAGCAGCUGCACCUGCAGAACCUGCGCAAUGCCCAGAUGCAGCACCUGCAGCAGCAGCAUAGGGUGUCGGUCAAAAUUGAGAAGCAGGGUGAGCAGGGCCAGAACUCUCAGUGCCUGCAAACGCAAGACCCGCAGUCUACCCAACAUCAACAGCAGCAGCAGCAGCAGCAGCAACAACAGGACCAGCAAGACCAACAGCAGCAGAUGGAGCAGCAAAGGCAGCAGGGAAGUCUGCCCCAGCUGCAACACAUCAGUCAUUCUCUGGCCACAGACCUGGGUCUCUACAACGACACAUUACUGUUAAACUCUCUGUUGGAUGAUCCCUACCUGGGCCUGCAGAUCGCCUCCAGACAGAACCAGCAGUUCAACAUGGAGACUCCGGGAGACAGCCUGUCGUUCAACCACGGUGGCUUGGGCUGUGGGAGUGGUGGAAAAGGCCAGGAGGAAUCCUACCACCCCAACCAUGGCUUCCUGGAGCUCCACGACUCCGGGGAUAGGCAGCACCUUAACAACCAGAACUUUGGGGGAGAGGGAUGCCACAACGUCCCUAACAUCAUCCUCCCAGGAGACAGUUCAUUGGGCCUUUCCAAGGAGAUCGCCAGCGCCCUGUCCCACGUGCCAGGGUUUGAGAUGGACUCCUUUGCUCUGGACGACCCCCUCAGGAUGGACCCCCUGGCCCUUGAGGGGCUGGGCAUGCUGGACGGGGACCUCAUGCUGACCGACCCCGCCGUGGAAGACUCCUUCCGCUCCGACCGCCUCAAGUAAACACUCCCAGGAGUGGAUACGGAGGAGUGAGGUGGGUAGGGGGUUGGAACGACCCCAGACUGAAGUGGAACAGGUGGGGUUGAGCCCUGCUUCGUUUCCCCCUCCUUGGUGAUUGACGCAACCACAGCAUCUGCAAAUAAAAGGUCAGGUGGGAGGUUUUGGACAGUCCAGUGCAUGGAUCUCUGACUGGUCCAGGAGAGAAACUGGGGAGCAGGCUGUUGUACCACAGCACUAAUACACCUGUCAAAUAAUCAGCUAAUCACUGUCUUAAAUCUGGACCUUGAUUAUUUGAAUCGGGUGUGUUAGUGCUGGGCUUGAAUAGAAUUCUACAUGCUCUCCAGGACCAGAGUUGGAGGCACCUGGUUUAGUGGGGACCUCGCCACGUGCUUUUUGUGAGGUGAUGUGGUGGUAGGGAAGGUUGGAGGACAGGACUGACAUGUCAGUGGUGGAGCAAGUUCGUUUACGGUUCUUUCCGCUACAUCCAGGCAGUUAUCGAAAAUGCACUUGUGAUGCUUAAGAGAAAAAAAGAAAAUAUAGGCAUUGUAGCUUGUACGAGUCUUAUCUGCAUGUAAACAAAUGCACUUCAGAUAAUGCAUAAACGCAGGGAUCACGCAUGAGGUCAGUUGCACUUGAAAAUGCCGUCUUAAAAACCAUACAAUAUGCAUUCUAUGAGACGGGACUUUCCCGACUGGUCUUUCGGCUUUGUCUGUCGGUGUUCCAUCAUUCCAACGCCAGUAUGGGGAGGCUGGAAUAUCGGCCAUGUUCGCCAUCUUUCUACUGCAAGAACAUACAGUAGAUCUGGAGUAUUUUAUGGAUUACAUCAACCCUACCAGAGACUGUUCAACCAAUAGUUGCCAAUUGACAUGUCAUUAAGUGUUUCUAUUUUAUUUAAGUUUGGUGAAGGUAAUUCAAUGGCGGACCUUGCUAGCUAUAGUUCAGAUAUAUAGUUCAGUCUUUCAACGGACAAGAGAAGAAAGUGUCUUUUUGGAGAUGUGACUUUCUCAGUCCCUCAGGACAAGUUGGCACUUACGGGGCCAUUUUAGUGUCUGGAUGGCAUAUUCGUCUGUAAGAUUAUCACUGUGUCUGUGUUCAAGACCCAGCUAAAUUGACCAUUCUCAUUUGACGUCUGUUAACUUGAAUCGUCUUGAUGGUUCCGAAUCUAAAAAAAUUACUAAAUCAAUCGUCUAAGGAUAUUGUCCUCAUAUUGAACCAAGUAGUCCACAGAAUCCAUUAUCCAACUCUCCUGUUUAUAAAAACAACACAGAAAAUAACACAUUUCAUUGCACCUGUCUGGUGUGUGACAAAAUAUUUUUGUAUUCUUUUUUAAAUUUUUAUAUGUCCCAACAUGGCAGCUGUUGCCAUUCUGCCAGCCUGCUUCUAUACCAUUGAGCUUCUCAGUAAGUUUAAGCCGAGGACCUUUUGCUAUGUACCACCCCUGUGUGCCUGCUACCCCCCCCUCAGAUCUUAGACCUACCCUCUUCUGCACAUUCCCUUUAAAGCAACUAGGGACUGUUUGUUUUUAAAUGUGUGCUAUUGACAAAGCGUUUGCCUUUCAUCAAGAGAAUUGGCGUUGUUGAUAUGGAAAAGGAAAAGCCCUCAAUACAUUUCAAUUACAUGAAUUGGAGUUGUAUUUUUUAUCUUUGAGUAAUUGGGAAACGGCAAGGCCAAAACCAAGUAGACUAAUGCAUAGCAACAUUUUUGCCAUAGUAUAUAUUUUAACUGCUACUACUAUCCUAAGGCCUUGGAGCUUUAGUGUCCGUUUUAGUCAGGUAAUUCUAGCCACCGUGAUUGACACCUCUAACCCCUCCCACCUGCUGCACCCGUCUUGCCACAGCAAGGGCCAUAGCCAGAUUAUAGUAACAUAUUUUUAUGUAACAAAGUAGUUAUUACUAUGAAGUUUUAUUUUUUAAUUAAAGGUGGUCUAUGUCUUUGUAUAUAAAUGUAUAAAUAACAGAGUAUAUUUAAGAAGAGAAGCCUUUUGGUUCCGCAACACCCUUAAACCGGUUGCAUGAUUUGAAAAGCAACAGGUUCUGAACAAUGUAGUCCAUUUGCUAUGCAAAGUGUUCUUGUGCAUGUCUCGUGUGACUGUCUGGGAGUUGUCAAAUAUUUUUUUUAAUUUAGUACAUUUACAAAUAGUACAUGUGCAUUAUACUAUUGUAUUGAAAAUACAUUGAAAAAAAUGUUUUUGCUUUUUUAUCGGUUUUUAAAUGGUCGUAUUUUGCUUUGGUGACAAUGUUUGAUAUUGGUGUCUGACGACUACUGUAAGUUUGACAUUGUGUGGUAGCAACAGGAAGUUAGAGCGCUUGAGAUAAUAUCGUUUAACUUUCAUAAUGACAAAGAUUAUGGAAAUCAGCCCUUCUUUCCAGUGUGGACUGAAAGAGGCCAUGUUUGACAGACUUAAUAAAACACAAGCUUUGCAAUUUGGAUAUAGAAAGCUGUGUGCAACUGUUACAUCAUAGAUUGGUAAAACAUCAUCCUAAAAUGAAGUAGUGCUGUUCUGAAGUUGUGCUAACAUAGAGUUUAACCCCCUUAUUUACAGAUAUUGAAGUACCUCUAAUUACCGGUAUGCUUUAUUUCAACCAUAUUGCUUUUACACUGAUCAUAUGAGCCAAAUGCAAAUCUGUUUUGACAGGAGUGGUGGUUGAAGUGGUUUGAGGAUCUAACCAAUGGUAAAACCCAUUCACUACUGCCCCCUAUCCAACAGUAAUAGUGUGGGUUUGCAAAGUCUUCUUUUACCACUGUGAGCCAAUGUUGUGCCUCGAUGUAAACACAGCAAAAAAAGAAACGUCCGCUCACUGUCAACUGCGUUUAUUUUCAGCAAACUUAACAUGUGAAAUUAUUUUUAUGAACAUAACAUUCAACAACUGAGACAAACUGAACAAGUUCCACAGACAUCUGACUAACAGAAAUGGAACAAUGUGUCCCUGAACAAAGGGGGGGGGGGGUCAAAAUCAAAAGUAACAGUCAGUAUCUGGUGUGGCCACCAGCUGCAUUUAAGUACUGCAGUGCAUCUCCUCCUCAUGGACUGCACCAGAUUUCUCAGUUCUUGCUGUGAGAUUUUUACCCCGCUCGUCCACCAAGGCACCUGCAAGUUCCCAGACAUUUCUGAGGGGGAAUGGCCCUAGCCCUCACCCUCCAAUCCAAAAGGUCCCAGACGUGCUCAAUAGGAUUGAGAUCCGGGCUCUUUGCUGGUCAUGGCAGAACACUGACAUUCCUGUCUUGCAGGAAAUCACGCACAGAACGAGCAGUAUGGCUGGUGGCAUUGUCAUGCUGGAAGGUCAUGUCAGGAUGAGCCUGCAGGACGGGUACCACAUGAGAGAAAAGGAUGUCUUCCCUGUAAGGCACAGGGUUGAGAUUGCCUGCAAUGACAACAAGCUCAGUCCAAUGAUGCUGUGACACACCGCCCCAGAUCAUGACGGACCCUCCACCUCCAAAUCGAUCCCGUUCCAGAGUACAGGCCUCGGUGUAACGCUCAUUCUUUCAACGAUAAACGUGAAUCUAACCAUCACCCCUGGUGAGACAAAACCGCGACUUGUCAGUGAAGAGCACUUUUUGCCAGUCCUGUCUGGUCCGGCGACGGUGGGUUUGUGCCCGUAGGCGACGUUGUUGCCGGUGAUGUCUGGUGAGAACCUGCCUUACAACAGGCCUACAAGCCCUCAGUCCAGCCUCUCUCAGCCUUUUGCGGACAGUCUGAGCACAGAUGGAGGGAUUGUGCGUUCCUCGUGUAACUCGGGCAGUUGUUGUUGCCAUCCUGUACCUGUCCCGCAGGUGUGAUGUUUGGAUGUACCGAUCCUGUGCAGGUGUUGUUACACGUGGUCUGCCACUGCGAGGACGAUCAGCUGUCCGUCUUGUCUCCCUGUAGCGCUGUCUUAGGCAUCUCACAGUACGGACAUUGCAAUUUAUUGCCCUGGCCACAUCUGCAGUUCUCAUGCCUCCUUGUAGCAUGCCUAAGGCACGUUCACGCAGAUGAGCAGGGAUCCUGGGCGUCUUUCUUUUGGUGUUUUUCAGUCAGUAGAAAGGCCUCUUUAGUGUCCUAAGUUUUCAUAACUAUGACCUUAAUUGCCUACUGUCUGUAAGCUGUUAGUGUCUUCAUGCACCUGUGGAACGGUCAUUUUCAUUAAUUGUUUAUGGUUCAUUGAACAAGCAUGGGAAACAGUGUUUAAACCCUUUACAAUGAAGAUCUGUGAAGUUAUUUGGAUUGUUACGAAUUAUCUUUGAAAGACAGUGUCCUGAAAUAGGGACGUUUCUUUUUUUGCUGAGUUUAUAUCUUGUUUCUUACUAGGCUGGUGGUGUUGGUAAGACCACAAGUCAUUUUGAAGAGUCAUAAUAAUGCAUUUCCAAUUUAGCCAUUAAUGAGGAGGUAUAAAAAAUAUCAAGUUAGCGUGAAAAUCAAAUUUGAAAGUGUUACAAUUUUUCCUGCAUUGCUUAGUCCUGUGUUCCCGAUUUUCUGUGGCAUGUUUCCUAUGUUUUCUGAUUUUGUUUAGUUCUGCACUGUGGAGCAUUCCCAACCUAAACUGAAAAUAUUAUUUUGAAGUGCUAUUUGAAUUGAUAGGCUAUAUAAUGGAGAUUUGAAUGAGGCCUUGUUUUAAUUGGACUGUAGGGUAGAGUGGAUGAAAUGUCUUGUCUGUUUAGAAGGAAUCAUGUAAGUGUGGCUAGUAUAUUUUAGAUUGGGUCUGAAGGGUAUUCUGAUGAAGUACCAGUUAGUUUCAGGGUCAGCGCUGGCAGUUGACUCAAGAGGUAUGAUGAUUAUAUGAUCUCUAUCUUCCCCUGGUGUGAGAAAAGGCUUGAAAUGCAGAGAAAGUCAUUUUUAUUGUUUUCACUAUUAUUCUGCAAUUUGUCAUUUGAAAACCCAAGAGCACGCCCGCCAUUGGUUGUCCUGCUUGAUUAGUCCAGGGUGAAGCUCUACCAGUUGUUUGAUUUAGAAUCUGUGACAAUGCUACGUAAUGCAUCAGAGAGAUAUCGGUCACUUUGCCAAUAUAGUUGGCUUGUUGAAACAUUUUCUUCAUGCAAUUAUUUAAAUGUUUUAUUUUACUUUUAUUUAACUAGGCAAGUCAGUUAAGAACAAAUUAUUAUUUACAAUGACGCCCUGGCCAAAGCCUAACCCGGACGACGCUGGGCCAACUGCUGCACACAACAUCACGGCCGGUUAUGAUACAGCCUGGAAUCGAACCAGGGUCUGUAGUGACACCUCUAGCACUGUGAUGCAGUGCCUUAGACCGCUGCGCCACUCAGGAGCCCAAAAUUAUCAUGUGUAUCCUAAAGUUUGAAUGUGUACACUGCAGUUUUUAGUUACUGAGAAAGGAGCAAUAUUGGCUCAUUUAUGUUUUCCCCCUCAGUAUUAGUUAGUUAUACCAAGUGAAUUUGUCUCAUGUCUUGGCAAUUCUUCACAGCUGCAAUUUGAUGUUUCAGCUGUCAUGCCUAUAGAGAGCAAUAGUAAUGUGGUCUUUUUGUAGGCACUAUUGGAGCUAGGCUUACUCCACCAUGGCUUGUUGGCCAAAGCCUAUGGAGAAAUUAUUUUGGGGUUUGUUUUGAUAAAUGCAAAAAACAAGGCCUGUGUGGAAAACACAGGCUUAGGAGAUCUUAUGUUUUGUUCUAUGAGAUCAUCUUCAUCACCUAAAGUUACUUUUUUUGUGAAUUUUGAAGCAUUUAUGUAAUCAAAAUAAGCACAAAAAGGUUCAUAAUUCAUAAAGGUCAUGUUAACAGACAUAUAUUAUCUCAUCAAACAAAGCAUAUAAAAUCAUCAAAGGAUGUGUUAACCUCUGACCUUAUUUGCGGCGUUUAGCCCCAAACCUCAUUAAUUUCCUCCAUAGGAACGGCUUGAACGAACCUGAGGUUUCAUUUCCGAUUUUUAGGACUACAUGGAGGCUCUGCGCUUAUAACUUAAUAGAUCUCUCCGCAUCUGUCUGUUAUGCAAUAACAGUGUAGUUGAAGACCAUGCACGGCAAUAACACUGCCAGUAGGGGCUGCUGUUGAACAGUGAAGUUGUGUGAUAGGGAUCAGUCAGAUUGCCAUAUUAAUUGCUGUGUUAUUGUUCAGUGUAUUUUACGGUUGUAAUAAAAACAUUUUUGCUUUAUGUUUAGGGUCAAAACCAUAUGUAUUUUGCGUUUUCAGAGGAAUACAUUUAAAUGUUUAUUUUACAUCUUUAUUUUUAAAUUGUAAUAUCCAGGGAACCCAUGUAUGAUGUAAAUACUGUUCCUAAACCACUGUGCAUCUUUAAACCUAACAAGAAAAUAUUUGUACCUUAACAUUAUUUUACAAAAAAAUAAAAAAUCCUGUCAAUG